GGUGAACAUUAAUCAAUAGAUUAAAUGUCGUGACUACAGUAUAACACGAAAUGCCGUGAGACUGGGUUGGGUGUGGUGCACAUCAACUUCUAAAACUCACAAUAUAGUGUGGUAUGUGGUUGUAUCAUGCCCACUGUGCUCAGGUGUUGGGGCUAUGACCUGUAAUGUGAAUGACCCGGUAAAGUGGCAUGCAGAUGUGAACCCUUUGUCAAUUUUGUUUUAAUGUAAUGUUGUGAGCAGCAGCGUACAUACCCCUGCUCUUUGUUUGGACUUUGAGAUCCACUUCAUACUGCAGUCUGGUGCUGAGAUACAAGCGAGGGAACACCACUGUGUGUCUCACAUCAAACGACACUCGCUAUGGGGAUGAUUACAGCUGUUCGCCUAGAGAAACAUGAUGCUCUUUUAUGUUUAUUUUUAUUGUGAAUAGGCUUUAAUGUCUGCAUGAAGUUUAAUUUACAUCUGUUCAUGUUCAUUUGCUGGAUGGUGCGCCUGAAAGCAGUUUUGCCAUUUGUAAUUGCUCGACUAUUAUAGGGUGGUGCAGUGAUGAGGUAUAUUUGUUGGCCGACCCGGAAGACAAAAGCAAUGGGAUUUUUCUAUUGGAUUUUGGAAUAUUGCAGAAAAUAAGAACUUUGGAAACAAAUUAUAUGAAAAAGGACUCCAAUGGAGGAGUAAAUGCACUCACCAGAAGAAAAAAGCGAAUGUUAGGCUAUAAACUACAUCACAAUGUCACAUGGCUGCGCAUUGCUACCACUAAGCUAUAAGCGGCUAAUGUUCAGCAUGAUAACGUUUGAUAGUCUUAUUUAGUCACUUUUUAGCAACUGCUGUUUUUAAGACAUAUAAACUUCAGACACUUAAGUGGAGUAUUAACUGAUGUAUGAUGCUUGUGUUAAGCACAGACCAGAUUUCAGGCAUCUAACCAAAAACACAUUCUAAAUUUGAGGCGAGUGAACCUGGGAGUGCUAAAAUGCUAAACUAUUUCAGCUUUUAGGACUCAUUCCUGCACCCUCUAUCGUUGUGGGUGUAAAUGUUUUAUGUGCUAAGAUUGACUGUUCCAGUAAUCAGUACUUAUCCUAUUUCUUAUAAAUGCUCUUUCAAUGGAUAAUGCUGUUGUGCUAAUGACUUUCUUUUUGCUUGCUGUAGCCAUCAUGGCGUUCCUGUUUGACCUGAAGGCGCUGGUUGACAUGAUGUCCAUUGGAACUCUGCUGGCCUACUCGCUGGUCGCUGUGUGUGUACUGAUCCUCAGGUACCAGCCCGAUGGAGCCAUGGAGCGGCGGGAAGGCCCGGGUGAGAGGGACUAUCUCUCCUCUGAGGAGGGGGAGUCUGACCUCACAGAGUCUGAGUCUCACCUUAACAUGCUGAAGCGGGGCAGCUCCACCCUGCAGGCCGUCCUGCACCCGCCUGCCUCUCCCUCUGAGCAUUCCUCCAGCGUGGUCAAUAUGUCUGUCUGUGUGCUCGUGCUGGUAGUGUGCGUGAUGAGCUAUCUCACCACGUACCACAUCUACAACAUCCUUGAUUUGGAGGGGUGGAUCCUGGCCUCGCUAUUCGUGUGCCUGCUCAUCUUCAGCGGCUGCGUGUUCAUGGUCUGCAGGCAGCCUCAGACCACCAAGAAGGUCUCCUUCAUGGUUCCCCUUCUGCCUUUUCUGCCAAUUGUGAGCGUAUUUGUCAAUAUUUACCUCAUGGUGCAGCUGAGUGGAGAUACCUGGAUACGUUUCUCUGUGUGGAUGGCUGUGGGCUUCUUGAUCUACUUUGGCUACGGCAUGUGGCACAGUGUUGAGCGCCAGCGCAAACUCCAGGGCCCUUCAAACAGCAACAACCAGGAACACAAGAAGGCCGGCGGGGAGAAGCAGGCGGCAGGAGGAAAAGACCAGGAGGGUUUCAUCUGCCCAGAAAAAACCAGCCAGUGUUAAAAGUAAAAGACUCUGUGAGGCGACAGAUGCAUAAAAGCAAACCGCAGCUCUGCCUUGAUGCACCUGUUCAUACAGCUUCACCACGUGUGCCUCAUUCUCUAGCACAUUCAGCCUGUGAGGGCAGCGUCAGUUCUCUGUAUCAGGGGCAGCAUGAUGCUGAGCUGCUGCAUCACUGAGAUGGAAACACAUCCUGUAGAUCACAAUGUGCUUUAUGGACAGCAUGGAGGCAGAAAUAAAAGGACAGGUAACACACUGGAGAGUGAUGUUCAUUUACUUUAACAUUGAAUCAGUCGAUUGAAGACUGCAGCGACACUUUCUCUUUCUUCAUGGACAUUUUAGUGCAUGAAACACUUUUUGUCUUUUCUAUCAAUCUCUGUAUUUGUUAUCUUUAGAAGCCCAGUACGGAGCCCCCUAGGGGACAUGGAGAAGAAAAAAACUAUAUUUGAAAAAAAUAUAUAUGUUUUGCGAGAUAUCGCAAACCCUUGGCGAGAUCUCGCAAUACUUUUGCGAGAUCUCGCAAAACUUUGCAUUUAGCUCAAUGUACUUCCUGGUCAGUUCGGCU